AUGGAGGUCUGUGUUGAACUUUCUAUCCACCCUAAACUGUCUGUCAGCCCUGUCGGGACCAUGGAGGUCAUUCCCCUGUCCGCCAUGCUCCCUGUGCUGGGAGUCGCAAUGCAGCCCACACACACCAUCCCUGAAACCCCUGAAUGUCAUACCAUCCUCAGCCUUCCAUCUGUUGAUUGGAGACACUGCGGGCCUGUUAGUCUCCAGCUUCAUCGAGGUUUGAGGAUCCCUGGUCUCCGCCUCCAACCUCAGAGACCCGGACUCUUAGCUCCCUCCUCUCCACCGUGGGCCAUCAGUCCACCUGCUCCGCCAGGCUUCCUUGUCCCUCUGGCUCCACCUUGGUCAGUCAUCAACCUGCCGUCGCCUCAGGACUCCACUCCUCUGGCUUCGCCUUCUGGAUCCCCACCUGAGCCAUCUGCUCAGCCUUGGCCCUCCGGAUCCUCUGUGUCACCUUGGCUCGUCAGCUCUCCGUCUCUGCCCUGGGAUCCUUUGCCAUCGCCUUUUGUCACAGAUCAAGCCGGAGAUAACAGGUUCGUGGAGGGUUCGGGAUCCAGGAGUGGAGGAGAGCAACGUAGGAAGAACUUUGGGGAUCUAGAGGUAAGUAUAAACAGCCCGUGUAUCCGGGACAGCAACUUAUAUAAAAUCCAGUUUCACAACGUGAAGCCCGAGUGUCUGGAGGCGUACAACUCUCUCUGUGCCGAGGUGCUGCCGUUCAUCCACAGCGACAGCACGUACCCGUGUGAGCUGGUGGGCACCUGGAACACCUGGUACGGAGAGCAGGACCAAGCUGUGCACUUGUGGCGGUACAGAGGAGGAUACCCAGCUCUGACUGAAGUCAUGAACAAACUGAAGAACAACAAGGACUUCCUGGAGUACAGGAAGGAGAGGGGGAAGAUGCUGCUGUCCCGCAGGAACCAGCUGCUGCUGGAGUUCAGCUUCUGGAACGAGCCGGUGCCCAGAGACGGACCCAACAUCUACGAGCUGCGCUCCUACCAGCUGAGACCCGGCACCAUGAUUGAAUGGGGCAACUAUUGGGCGAGAGCCAUCAGCUACCGGCAGCACAACCGCGAGGCAGUGGGUGGCUUCUUCUCUCAGAUAGGAGACCUCUACAUGGUGCAUCAUCUCUGGGCGUAUAAGGACCUGCAGUCCAGAGAGGACACGAGGAACGCCGCCUGGCAGCACGAGGGCUGGGAUGAAGUGGUCUAUUACACCGUGCCGCUCAUCCAGCACAUGGAGUCCAGGAUAAUGAUCCCGCUCAAAGCGUCUCCGCUCCAGUAAUGCGUCACGCCACGUCCCCACGAGCACAACACCAGACGCUUUCACUGCCCUGAUUAACUCAUGAUGCCAACCAUCAUCAACACAACACACUCCUGCUGACCGCAGAGACUCUCGAAACGUUGCACCAGCAAACCAAACUGAAUUUGUAAGGUUUGAGGAGACAUAUCUGAAAUCUGCUGGUUACAUCAAUCUGUUAAAUAAAGUUGCGUUGGAAGAUGUAAAGGAUAUAAAAGAAAGUGCAUUGAAUCACCACAAGUCUUGAACCCUUUUUAGUUCGGUGGGCGAUACAUCUUUGAUUCAUCAUAUUUCAAAACUAACAGCAUCUAUGAAUGCAGCAUCUUAGAAGUAUAAACACACAUUUACUGCUCUCCCUGCUGAGACAGCACUGUAAAUGUGCUCGAGUGUUCAUGUAUUUAUUGCAUAAGUAUAAGCUGUAAAUAUAAACCCCACACGGAGAGGAUUUCAUGUUUGUGUAACACAGCAGAAUGCAUCCUACAUAUUCAGAUCAAACCUGUGAAAGCGGAGCUGGACGAGCCUCGCUGGGGACCGGUCGAGUGCAAAAUUACUUUUUGUUUUGUUUUUUAGAAAUCGUUUUUAUUUAGUUGCUGCAGUUUUAUUCUGUUUCUACAUAGACGUGCUUUUUAAAUGCCUUUUCCGUGUGUUGUGAAACGUCUGCAGUUUCUGGAUGAAGCGGCUCUCUGACAGACUGAGUUAGUUUUGUGUGUGAUCGCAGCGUGCUCAGUGCACUGUACACUGAUCCCACGGAGAGGUCUCGCAUCAAGCCAACACUGUAAUAAAUCAUAAAUCAUCA